GCGUGCGCCAACCCGCUAGGAGCCGGAAGCGGUAGCGGAAGUGUUGGCUUUAGGGAAGUCAGUCCGAGUUCGGUGUCCGAACUUCUGUCCCCCAUGGAGGGGUCUGGCGAGCCGCUGCUGGACGCCAAGUCUCAAGUCACCAACCAGCUGAUAGAUUUUCAAUGGAAACUGGGUAUGGCUGUAAGUUCCGACAAUUGCAGAUCUCUUAAAUAUCCUUAUGUUGCAGUCAUGCUAAAAGUGGCAGAUCAUUCAGGCCAAGUAAAGAACAAGUCCUUUGAAAUGACAAUUCCACAGUUUCAGAGUUUCUGCAGACAGUUCAAGGAAAUCGCAGCAAUUAUUGAAACUGUGUGAAAACUGAUUGCUUUGUUGAUAAACUGCUAAAAUCAUUC